CCCCUCUCUCGGAAUUUCCUGUAAUUCUAAUUUCAUCCCCCAACCCUCUAGAUACAUGGCUUUUAUAGUUCGAUAAGCUGACCGGCGAGUGAAUUUCAAAAUGGAGGACGUCCCUCUCCCGGUCCUUUUCGAACAAGCCCGUAAGAUCCAUUCAACUGCGACAGAGUCCGGCGCCGAUCAAGAGCUGGUGCGGAAAGGUUGCGAGGCUCUGAAGAAAUGCGAGGACAUGGUAAGCAAGCUGGGGCUUUUCUCAGCGAAUGAGACAAAGGACGAUAUCAGCACCAACAAUCUUAAAUAUCUCUUGGUUCCCUUUUACUUCGCUGAGUUGGCUGAAAAGAUUGCACAAAGUGAUAGGAUACUGAGUCUUAAGGCUUCCCAUGCAAAAUUAAAGGAAUUUAUUUCAUUUUGUGAGGCAAUGGAACUUGUACCGGAGGAGGAAUUGGAAACAUCUAUACAAGGAGGUUCAAAUUCUCUUGUUGAUCGCAGGGCCCAGAAGAUAGCUCGAUUCAAACGCCAAAGAGCUGCAGAAUUGAAGUUGCUGGAAAUAAAGGAGCGAAAGGAGCGACGUGGGCGUUCUAGUAAAGCAGCUGCCUUAUCAACUCCUGUUGAGGCAGGAGAGGAAGAUGUGCUGGAUGACGAUGUAGAGGAAGAACGAGAGGCCUGGCUUACUACCAUCUCUUUGGCAAUUUGCAAGGCUUUUGAUCUGCUGGAAAUGCUCAAGAAGGAGGAAGAGAUUCUCUCUGCUAUAAAGGAAAAACAAUCAAAGGAUGGUGACAAGGAGUUCUCUCAAGAUGUUCUUGAUGAUCGCACCAAGAGAGCUGAAGCUUGGCAUCGUGAUGCUGCAGUUCGAUCUCGGUAUACCAAACCUGCAGAACCUAUCACAUGCGCUACAUUUGCACAAGAUGUUCUAGAAGGGAGAGCAAAGGUGUCACAGGCACAUGACCACAAACACCAGCCAAUGAUAUUUGGACCAGCAAGUCUUGUGGGUGGAAGCCUGACGAGUGAGAGGGAAAGGAUGGCUGCUCAGGUUUUCCAACCUUCUUUUAGGUUGCCAACCAUGAGCAUAGAGGAAGCGGGUCUGAAAGAGAUGGAGAUGAUGAACAAAUGGCAAGAGCGGAAUGCAAAAAUGAUGGAGGAAGCCAAUUCCUCAUGGUACAAGGACAAUUCGAAGCAGGGGCCAAGUGAGGAGGAUGAUGAAGAUGAUGAUGCUGCCCAAGAUAAGGCAAGAGCUUGGGAUGACUGGAAAGACGAUAAUCCUCGUGGUGCUGGCAAUACGAAGCUAACCCCUUGUGGGUAAAUGUGGCUGGCUGUCACCUGUAAUGUAAUUUUUGUUCACAGUUAAUAACUUAAUACUGUUUUACAAACAUUUCUCAAAUUUUGGCUGAUUGCUAGUACGAGUUUUGUAGUUGUUGUGGUACUUUUUGGUCAUUAGUGGAUAGAUUUAUUGAUGUAUAAAAAAAUCUAGAUGAUCAUGAGAAUAUAAAGUUUCCAACUUCUGCAA